CCAACCCAAGGACCUCUCUGCUUCACUGAGUCCAUCUGCCAGAGACCUUCUUCCUCUUUUGUGAUUUGGCGUCACAGCUCAAAGUGUUGAGCCUUACAGUCGCCCUGAGAACUCAAUGCCUAAGAGAGGAGAGGGGCCAGGGAGGUGUGGGCCGGUGGAUUAGCUGGAAGAUUGUGAAGCAGAGGUGUCCAGGGCUAUGGCUGACGCCAUCACGUAUGCAGACCUGCGCUUUGUGAAAGUGCCCUUGAAGAACAGCGCAUCUAACCAUCUAGGACAGGACUGUGAGGCCUACGAGGAUGGGGAACUCACCUACGAGAAUGUGCAAGUGUCUCCAGUCCCAGGAGGGCCACCAGGCUUGGCUUCCGCUGCACUAGUGGACAAAGCAGGGGUCAGGUCAGAGCAACCAACUGCGUCCUGGAGCUCCGUGAAGUCCUCUGCUCUCGGGCGGAUUCCCCGCUGUCCUACAGUCUGCUUGCAAUACUUCUUGCUUGGCCUUCUCCUGGCCUGUCUGAUGUUAGGGGUGGCUGUCAUCUGCCUGGGAGUUCGCUAUCUUCAGAUGUCUCAGCAGUUCCAGGAGGUGACCAGGAUUUGGGAAGCUACCAACAGCAGCUUGCAGCAGCAGCUCGAGGAGAAGAUCCAUCAGCUGGGGGAGAAGGAGGUGGAGCUUCAGGGGUCUCGGGAAGAUCUGAUCUCCAGUCGGAAGACACUACAGGAGAGGCACAAGAGUCACGAGGACACGGAGCAGCAACUACAGGUCUGCCAGGCUGAGAGAGAGAAGACCAAGGAGAACCUGAAAAAUGAGGAGGAGCAGAGGAGGGACCUGGACCGGAGGUUGACAAGCACGCAGGAGAUACUGAGGCGCUUCUUCUCUGCUUCAUCAGACACCUGCUGUCCAUGUGGAUGGAUUCAGCAAGAGAAAAAGUGCUUUUACAUCUCACGUACCCCCAGAAGUCUGGAGGAGAGCCAAAAAUACUGCACAUCUCUGUCCUCCAAACUGGCUGCAUUCAAAGAAUCUUCUGAGUACCCCUAUCGAGUUUCUCUGCCCAGCAGCUUAAAGGCGUUGCUAGAAGACUCAGAGUCUUAUUGGGUCCAGAAGAUGAGCCAAAGUGGGAGGCAGCAGAGGUAUGGUGAAUUUAAUUGUAACAAGAUAAAUAAAAGAUGGUCGUCGUGGUGGAGAACAGUAUCAGUCUGUACAGGUGAUCACCCCUGCAUUUGUGAGUUGGAGGCUUUCAGGUUUCCUGACGAGAUCCAUCUGAACUAAGAUGGACACUUGAACAAGACCUUGUGACCUACAUCCUUAACCUAUGGCCUGCUGAUUCUUAAGACUGCUAUCCUCCCAGCACUCCCUCACUCCUGGGCAUGCCCAGCUAAGGGCUGAUUCUGGUCUGGCAACAUGCUUGCUUGAAAGCUACUCCAGAAACUGGAUUAUUCUUGGGAAGAGUAAAGAAGCCUCCAGAAAAGA